AUGCCGUUGGAGGAAGCAGGGUUUACAGAGUUGCCACCUGCAGUAAGCAAACUGAAACAUUUAAGGCAUCUAAAUCUUUCAGCAUCUUUAAUUAUUGAACUACCCAAUUCAAUUUGUGGCUUGUGGAAUUUGCAAAUUUUAAACCUGAAUGGUUGUGUCCAACUUCAGAGUUUACCCAAAGGCAUGAGAUUCCUCAGAAAUCUUCGACAUCUUUUUCUACAAGACUGCUGGGGUUUGACUCACAUGCCAAGUGGAAUUGGGAAGUUGACUUGCCUGCGGACGUUGAGUAAGGUCGUCCUAAGUGGCACAAAAGGCUUCCAACUAAAUGAGUUGCAAGACCUAAAUAUGCUUAGAGGAAAGCUAAUAAUUGAGCACCUUGAGAGAAUUAAAGACAAAAAGAAUGCAGAAGAAGCUUGUUUAAUUAAAAAAGAGAGUCUCCGCGAGUUGUAUUUGUGUUGGGAUUCCGAAAGAACGCUUCGACAGUACAAUGAUGAGGAAGUGCUUGAAGCCCUCAAACCCUGCCCCGACCUUCAAUUGCUGUGUAUAGACGGCUUCAAAGGUUCAUCAUUUCCAUCUUGGAUUUCAACUGUAACAAAUGUUGGUGUGAACGAAAGUUCAACUGAGUACAUAUAUGGGGCCCAGGAGAGUACUGCUGCAGCCGCUGCAAGGUCCUCAUCAAUGAAACAACUGGAGUUAUUGGACAUGCCCAACCUAAAAGGAAUGUUAGGAAGAGAAGUCCAAGGUACUCUCGGGGUAUUCUCUCAACUUCAAUACUUGUCGUUUAUGAAUUGCCCAACGUUGACAUUGCCAUUGCCACGUAUGCCAUCCCUAGAGCAGUUAGACGUCCAGGACUGCCCGAACAUGGCAUGGGCUUCAAUCUCCAAUCUCACUAGUCUUCAAUGCCUUAUAAUUGAGUCAAUUGAAGGAUUGAGUUGUUUUCCAGAAGAGAUGCUACAAAAUCUUAGUCUUCUUGAAUCCCUGGGUAUUAGUGACAUGAAGAAUCUGCGAGCCUUACCCAAAAGCUUGGCUAGCCUCACGGCUUUGAAGAAAUUGACCAUCAGGGAAUGUCCCGAGCUGGAGUCUCUGCCAGAAGAAGGAUUGCGAGGCCUUGCCUCUUUGCAAGAACUCCGUAUCGAGAAAUGCUAUGAUUUUGUGAGUCUAUCAAUGGGGACUAAAGCCCUCAAAUCCCUGACUCAUCUAUGCAUCAAAGGGUCAAACGCGACAGCUCUGCCAGAGGAAGUCAAACAUUUCCCUACACUACAAAAACUGCAUCUGAUUGGUUUUCGCAAUCUAACUUCAUUGCCAGACUGGUUUGGAGACCACCUCACUUCUCUUCGACACCUGAAUCUAGAUGAUUGUCCGAAGCUUGAAACACUCCCAUCCAGCAUGCAAAUGAUGACAACACUCCAAAGUUUGACUAUAGAGGAGUGCUACCUACUGGGUCCACGGUGUGAAAGGGGAGGAGAGGAAUGGCACAAAAUUAAGCACAUCCCGGCCCAGAAAGUUGAGUAA